CCACAACAGAAUCAGAAUUGGAAAGAUAUAGGCGAACUGUACUCUCAACCUUCUCAAUCUUUUCUAACAGCACGCCUUCUCUCCCGCUGACUCAUCACUAAACGCAACGGGGUCCAAAGUGCCAAAUCACCGCAGCUUCCAGGUUACACAGUAAUCCGUCCGGAGUCCCUUCUCUUGUCUGCGUACGUGACGGACAAUGCAUCCCGGCCAGCCCGUCAACCAGGCGCUCCAACAAGUCGAUGAGAGCUCCUGGCUCUUUGGAGACCGGAUCCUCCUCACCCGGCAGGCGACUCCUGCGGCUGGCUGCCCAUCCUGGGGCGACGGGAACGGCCUUUACUACGUCGUUUCCGAGCCGCCGAGCCCUUUACCUCCGAGUCGACCGUUGCCAGCGGAGAGCCCCAUCCAGAAACUGUACGAUGCAGGCGGUGUAUCGGCCGUCUGGAGGGUCGGUGAUGCCAUCUGCAAGGCCAGGAAGUACCCCGAUCCGGACAUGACGUGGGAGCACGUCACGCUGGACUACCUCCACAACAAAUGCCCGCUUGGGCAGUUGAGCUUUGCCUUGCCCAGGGUCAUCCACCACGUCCAGAGCAAGGACCGGUACUUCAUCAUCCAGAGCCGCAUCCCUGGCAAGACGCUCGCCGAGGCCUGGCCCUUUAUGGACGAGAGCACAAAGGAGCACUACGUCACGCGGAUCGCGGACAUCUGCGCGGAGCUAGCGGCUUGGACGGGCGAUGGUGUCCAUGGUGUCGACGGGCGCAAUCUGUCCGAUCUCUAUCUCACGCCUCUCCGCGGCGUCGAAGACAUGAGCCCUGGCAAUCUCCUCAAGAACUGCGUUGAGAUCGGGAUGGAUUGCUCCACGUUCGUUUUCUACCAUUGCGAUCUAGGGCCGGGGAACAUCAUAGUAAACCUGAAAGAGAGAUCUCUCGGCGUGGUCGACUGGGAGAUGGUUGGGUUUGUUCCUCGAGAGUGGAUAAGGACCAAGGUCCGCGUGUCCAGCGGAUUGGACCUCCCCGGCGAUGACGACGAGGUGAGACAGGAGUGGAGAAGGCGGCUUCAGAGACGAUUGGCGCAGAAUGGCUUUCCCGAGAUUGCGGACCGGUGGAUGGCUUGGUUUAUGGGUAAUGGGAAUCAAGACGGGAAGGAGGGGAAGUGAGUGAUUGUAAUAGCGGAAAACGGUCGUCGGAGGUUGCAAUGGAGUCUUUGAACGUAUACCCUUCUAAAACAGAUUUCUCUGCCAGCGAAUUUCACGCACCAAGCGAAGCGAAGGUGGGCAGCACACUUAGGCAUUGAGGCUAGGGGCCGCGGAUACAUCACAGGAAAACACGGGGGGGCGAGCGGGAGUGCCUUCUCUACGCCAUGAUACUGCCGCUCCGCAGCGUUCCGACCG